AUGCGCGCCGUCCAAGUCAGCGAAUACGUCAAGGGCCCUCUCGAGCUCACAGUCUCAACCGUCCCCACCCCAUCACCAGCAACAGAUAAAUACCUCAUCGAGAUCCACUCAGCCGGUACCAAUUUCUUUGAUAUCCUCCAAAUCCAAGGAAAAUACCAACAUCAACCUCCCCUCCCCUGGAUCGGAGGCUCCGAGUUCGCGGGAACAAUCCUCGCUGUCCCUACAUCCUCAUCUACCCCGAAGUUCAAGGUCGGAGAUCGAGUCUUCGGCGCAACCCAAGGCGCAUACGCGACUCACAUCCUUGCGCCGGAGGCCUCUUUACUCCCCGUGCCUCAGGGGUGGAGUUUCGAGGAUGCAGCCGGAUUAUUCGUUACGGCUCCUACGUCCUACGGAGCCCUUGUGCACCGUGCCGGUGUGAAAGCCGGUGACUGGGUUCUUGUCCAUGCUGCUGCUGGCGGUGUUGGACUUGCAGCUGUGCAGAUUGCCAAGGCUAAGGGUGCGACUGUGAUCGCGACGGCUGGAACGAAGCGGAAGCGUGAGAUUGCGGUGGAGUUUGGGGCUGAUUAUGUCAUUGAUUAUACUAACAAGGCUUGGCCGGAGGAGGUGAAGAAGCUUUGUGCUGAGAAGAGGACGGGCAAUGGCAAGGCCGGUGUUGAUAUCGUUUAUGAUCCUGUUGGUUUGAUUGACGCUAGUUUGAAGUGUGUUGCGUGGAAUGCGCGGUUGUUGGUUAUUGGCUUCGCGGCUGGUAAGAUUGAGAAGGUUGCGCUGAAUCGGGUUCUGUUGAAGAAUGUCAGUCUGGUUGGACUUCAUUGGGGCAUGUAUGCGAAGUUUGAGACGGAGACGGUUCAGGCGGUUUGGAAGGGCAUCUUUGAUCUUGUUGCUCAAGGUCAGUUCCGGGGAACAGCGUUUAAGGAUGAGAGUUUUGUUGGCUUGGAGAGUGUGCCUGGGGCCUUGAAGGCGCUCGGUGGUCGUGAAACUUGGGGAAAGGUUGUGGUGAAUGUUGUUGGUAAUGAGAAGGCUAAGAGCCGGCUGUAG